CUCUUUCUCUCUCUCUCUCUCUCUCUCUCUCUUUCUUUCUUUCGUUUCCUCUCCCUCUAUCCUUCCUUUGCUUUUGUGACACGGUUGGGCGCCCCUUUUCUCAAUGUCACCUGUUUACAUUCUACGAGCAACAAGUCAAAGCGUUCCAAAUAGUCUCGUCCUUGCUCUUCGACCAGAAUGGAGGAAGCUAGGACCUUGCUCGCAAAGCCCCUUCGUGAUCAUGGCGAUGAUGACGACAACAAAACUCGAAUGGAAAUGAGGUCAUCGUUGAAUUCGGUGGAUACGAUUCCGUGGGGCGAUGACGCCUGCCAUUCGUCAUCGUCGUCUUAUUCGGCUAUUGAUUUUGAUCCGAAGGGCCAGCAAUCUCCCCCACCGAACGCACCGGACGACCUCCGUAAUUUACUUGCAAUCGUCAAAACAGGCGAUGUCGCGAAGCUGAACGAACUGGUGGACGAUGUCGGCAAGCAGGGUAUAUUGACCGUCAUCACAGAGCAGGAUGGAAAGAAAACAAACCCUCUCCAUAUUGCUGUUCUACACGGUGACGUGGAGGUGGUCAAUACAUUGAUGGCUUGUGGAACAGAUGAUCUAGUAAGCAACGUCGAUCACCAUAAAAACACACCUCUCCAUGUGGCGAGCUCGGCGGGUCAUCUCGACAUCGUCAAGGAUCUCGUCUGUAGGGGCGCUUCGAUGAACUGCGAAAACCGAGACAGACAGACGGCCCUUCAUCUGGCUUGUAACCACGAUAGGGCGAAGAUUGCAAGCUUUCUCUUCGAAAACGGUGCUGACAUCACAAUCCAUGACUCGACCUACCUCAACCCGCUGCAGGUGGCCAUAAACCAUGACAGCUUUGAUGCCCUUCUCACACUGCUGAGGUGUUUGGUAUCAUCGAGUCGAAAGCAUCAUGAAGUAGGAGCUGAGAUUCAGAGAUGGGCAGCGGCAAACAACAAAGCAGCCGCGCUCAGCAAGAUUCUGGAGAGUGACGUACGGUUCCCUACUCUGUCUGAUAGGGAUACCAUGGAUUUUAUUAUGGAUGCCGUGAAGAACAGACACAAAGAGUUGGUGAUGGUGCUCCUCAACUGGUCCCAUCAGACCGUUGUCCAUCACACGGACGCAGGAGGGAACACACCCUUGCACUACGCCGCCGAGAUUGGUGAUACCGUCAUCAUGCUUGAACUCAUCAAGGCUAGGGCUCACGUCAAUGCAAAGAAUUCCCAGAGAGAAGGUGAGCGGACCCCUUUGCACCUUGCUGCGGGGAACGGCUGGACUAGACCAGCUGGAAUACUGCUGCAUUAUCACGCUCACAUCGAUGAGAGGGACCAGAGCGAGAUGACACCCCUGCACCACGCGUGUAUGAACGGCCAGAUUGAGAUGGUGGAGAUGCUACUCUUCGAUCAGGACGACGACCUCAUCACAAACAAGGCCAACGCAGUCGUGUGUGACGAGGACGGACGGACAUGUCUUGAUCACGCCAUCGACAACGGAUAUGAGGAUGUAGCAAAGCUGAUUCUCCGCCAUUCAAAAUGGCGAGAACUGAUGUGUAUCUCGAGUCUGGAUGAGGAGACUAACUAUCGGACCACGCCCAUGAGAAAACUUAUCCAGUCAAUGCCUGAUGUAGCGCAGAUAGUACUUGAUCGUUGCAUCACAGUGACUGGUGGAGAAUACUCGUCCAAACCCAGUAAGACGAAGACGGUGGAGUUCUACUAUGAAUUCCUUGAAGACACUUUCUCCUCAUGGAUCAGACAACCUGAUGGUGGCAAACAGGAAGGGCUUCUGAACAGAGUCUAUCAUAGGUUAUCAACAAUGAGAGGAUCCUAUCACUCAGCUAAAGCGAAGAAUUCCCAUUUUAUGGAACAAAGAUGA